AUGUCAGCGACGCCGACACAGAUUAACGUUCAUCCAAUACAGCAAUCUCCGCACAAACUCACUCCAACAACCACCAAAUUUGUGUUUGCAUACGCCCCGAGCAGCGACGGCGUCGAUGAGAAUCUGCUGAUCCUAUUUCAUGGGUUUGGAGAUACACACGUUCCCUUUGCCAGACUCGGUGCCUCUCUCAAACUGCCACAGACGGCCACUUUGGCCAUCCGAGCACCCCAGCUCAUUCCAUUCCUGUUUCCUGAGGAUCCAGAGGGGUUCCAAUGGUAUCCCACAUACUCGGAUCUCGGAGAGCUCCUCACCAAACCUGAUCCUACACCCGUCCUUCAAGACCUCCUAGAGUUGCUGGAUCACCUCGUGAACGACUGCCACUGGCAGGCCUCGAAUAUUCACCUCUUUGGAUUUGCCCAGGGUGGGAGUGUUGCAGCUGAGCUUGCACUCAGGUACUGGAAACAUCCCGGAAGCGGCUCCAGAGACAGCGGAGAUGCUGCCAAUCUUCGCUCUCGGCACGUCACAUUAGGGAGUAUAGUCACCAUUAGCGGUCCACUCCUUUCCUAUCCAACAAACAUCGCAUGUCCAACGCCAAUCCUCAUUGUUCAUCGACCCAACAGUGAAGAUUCGGCCCUCACCAACGCCGCCAUCGCUGCGUUCAAAAAGGGAUUUACCGGAAGAGUAGUCGAAGAGCGACUGGAUGGACCUCCGACUCGAGAAGGAAUGCCAAGUUCGCGAGCAGAAUGGGAGCCUAUCAUGCGUUUCUGGUCCGACGUGCUCUCCCGGAGGAUAGGCGGGACCGCGGGAGACGGACGUGUGUUUGCCCAGCCUACAACUCGAAAGUUGGCUGCUAACUUCUUCGACCCUUUGAACGAGGCCGCGAUGGACGCGGCCAAGCGACUCGUUCGACGGCCCCUUGAAUCGCAAAAGGGGAUCGAUGAUGACCAGCAAGACUUUUACUGGACUCAGCGAGGAAUCACAGCGCACGAAGGCAGUCGCCGCAAGACGAGAUGGUUCUACGGUCCCUUUGUGCUCAUUCCGGACAAAUACACGCACUAUAUGGAUCCUGGAGUCCUUCAUGUUCCCCAAUCUAUUUCCAGCAUGAGCAGGACCAAUCCCUUCGCCGCCUCGAUGUCCUACCGGCCGCUGCCUCUGCGAUAUAUAGGCAUAAACGAUCAAAAUACAGCAGAUACAAACAAACACAACAGCAAUUCUCCAGCUCAUUCCUUUCCCUCUGAGGCCUUGAAAAACCUGUACCGUCUUGUCGAGCAAGUCUAUGUACGUCACGGUGACAAGCACAUACAUGUGAAUACUACAAUCAAUGGAUCUCAUCUCGAAUCUCGCCAAAGGGAACGCGCCGCAGAGUCUCGCCCGCACUCGACCUUCAACACGACACUCAAUGUUGGUUGGCCGUCGACUCCCGGCGGCGAGAGCAGCCGUGGCUCUGCCUCGUAUUCGCAACAUGCCCCCUCUAUUCGGCAGCCCUACGCACCAAGGACCGAAUCGAAUAAUGGUGACGCCAUGAGUGAUUCCGUGUCUUCUCUCUACACGAUGGGGGCCAGUACACUCAUCGGCGAGGAUGGCGGGCAACAUGCCGCCGAACUCGACGAUAUCAAAUCCACCAUCCACAAGUUUGCAGCGUCGGUUGAAGCCUGGACUCGUCCUCUUGACAGCUCUGCCGAAAGGAAUGGAUACCACUCGACUCCCAAGAAUGCGAGCUCGGAGCUCGACAGCUCGCAUUUCAAUCCUAUCAUCGUCCGAAAGGACGACGGUCCUUGGAAGCACCAACUCCUUCACGUCCUCAACGCGUACCGGGAUGCCGUUGAAUCCAAUACCGCCUUGCACAGCGACAUGUCCAAGUUGCGAGAGGAUGUUGAGAGUGCUCGCACCCAGGUGGACCAGCUCCGCAACGAUCUCUACGUCUCGUCGGUAAAGCAUUCGGAAGCGCUCUCGGAUCUCUACUCCAGGCAAGAGGCGCUCCAUGCGCAGAAUGAGCAACUUGCGAGAGAAGUAGCCAUCGAAUGCCGCGCAAAGGAAGUUGCAGAGGCACGGUUGGCCGAGCAGCAAGCUCUUGUAGAGUCACUGAGAACUCAACUGCACCAUCUGGAGACAAAUGUCCAUUAUACCGUCAGGCAUGAAGAGAAGAUAGAAGCUAGGGAGAGCGCGCUCCAGGCACGCUAUGACAAUCUCGCGGAGUCGAUCAUUAUUGCCCUUCGUGAGCAGAUGGCAGAAGUUCCUGUCUGGCUGCAAGAGUUGAGGUCGGAUAUCCAGAACGAAUUUGCUGGACUUCACUCUGCUCAAAAGCAUCAACGAGAAGAGCUAGCCCAGCUUACCGAACGGACUUCGCGUGUCGCCAUUGCCCAAGAGAACCUGAUCGCAAGCUCUCAAAAGGACAGCCCACUAUUGGAGAAUGUGCAAACCGGUCAUCAAGAAGUCAUGAGUGCGCUAGGGACGACAACGUCCUGUCUCCAAUCAGUUCAGUCCAAUGUUCGUACCGUCGAAUCUAAAGUGGACCACGCAGUUUCAAGCCUGAAUCAGUUGGACGCCAUCAUGACCAAUCUCAAGGCGUUGGAAUCUGCCGUGCAAAAUGUCGCUGGCUUGAACGACACAUUACCCCGUUUGAUUGGUACCAAGGCUUCCGAGUCCACGAGUGUCGUCACCUCAUCUAUCACUGCUCUCGAGCCCAAACUCGAUUUGCAUACGGUCGCCUUGCGUCGAGAGCUCGAGAAUGUGCAAUCUAUGCUAAACGAGCGCACCGAAAAGACUCUCCAUAACCAGGCUCAGAUUACUUCCACUCUCUCUGAGAAUGUAUCGCGACUUCAUACUCUUCAAGACAGCGUCCAUGCUCUAGGCGAUAAGCUACAACGGCACAUCUCAUCUUCGGCUGACAUUGCAUAUGCAAAUAUUUCUGUGCCAAAGAAAUCCUCGGACGAUGAAGAGGAGCAUUCUUCGGCUACAGCUGCUGCUAUCGAUGCCUUACGAGUCGUCUGCACAAGCUCGCUAGAGAGGAUCAAAGAUACUGUCGAGAAGCAGAAUCACGAUGUUCAACGACUUAUAUCUCAGGCGUCGGCUCAAGAUGAUCGUCAAAUUUCGUCGCUCAAGGCUACCACAGAGGCUUUACUAACCAGGCUGAACCAGGUUGAUGACUCGCUGAAACACCAUGGGGAACACGGGCGUUCAGAAAUCAAGGCCCUGUUGACGAGACUUGAAGGCACAAUCGCGACCUUGGCAACGCUAUCGGCUGUGGAACAAACUCUGGAGGAUACGAAACAGUCUCACAAAGACGAUUUCCGGGAUGUUAUUCAAGUCGUCAACCAUGUCUCUGCUCAAAUCGAUAAGCUCAGCACCCGUCAAUCCAACGAAACCUCUACGUCGUUCUCAGAUAUCUCCGCACAGCUCAGUGAUAUCAACUCUCGUCUCGUCGAUAUCGAGUCGACGGUUCAAGGUGUUGCUACGACAGCCGAAAUUGUGGAAGAGAUUGCUACUAUCAGGACUUCCCAAAGUCACGAACAUCAGGCCAGUACAGCAUCUGUCGCUCGAGUUCAAACGGUGGUCGAGUCCUUGGAAGAAUAUACCAAGAGCGCUUUGGACCAAGUCAACGUUGCCUUGGAUGAACAGCAGUCUCGCCUCGUCUCCAUCCAAACGCACUGUCGACAGCACUCGGAAGACUUCAAGGCCAUUUCCUCGACAAUUUCAACCAAUACAGAUACCCUUCAGCAUGUUUCAUCACAUAUGGAUCGUGUGUCUCGUUUGGACGAAUUCAUGUCUGCGCAGGAGGCGGUUUCAACGAAACUCGAGGAUGUACGUGCAAUGUUGGUAGCACUUCAAGAAUCAGAGGGUGCACGUAUCCAAACGCUGCAAGACGCAUCGUCUCAGUCGACCGGAGAACUGCGCAAGGCGCUUGAGAUGCUUGAACAGCAAGCUCAGCUACUCCAGAGUCUCUCUCAGCAAGUACACGAUGACUCGGGGAAGAAGGACGACUUAGCAGUCACACAUAAAGCCGAGGUCGUUGCUCUGCUGACGGCGCUGCUUUCUACUGUGGAGAUUACCAGCAAGGAGACCACAUCACUGAGGGAGGUUGUCACGACGAUGAACUCGGAGCUCUCGAGCAAGGAAACUAACACUACUGAGAAAUCAGAAGCGUCGAGCACAGCAUUUGUGUCCAUCUCAGAGUCCCUCACAUCGCUAAGGACAGAGAUUCUCAACUUGCGUGAGCAACUUGUCGAGUUGACCACUUCCUUCAAAGACGACUCCCAGUCAUCACAAGAGCAUGUGGGAUCCCUUCUUGCAACCUUGGCGCCCAGAUUUGAGGCUAUUUUGUCCGAACUGUCCAGCGCAAAGGAAGAUCUCAGUAAAGAUAUUGUUGUCACAAGGGAAGGCUCAGCCCAAAGCAGUGAUGCCAUUUUGGCCCGUGUGCAGAAUCUCCGUGACUCUUUGAAGGCACCUCGAGAGCCAGAUUUGGAUCUCCUGGCGAUUCGUGCGAUGGUCGAAAAGCAAGAAUCAGGCCUAUUGUCUAUGCAAAGUCAAAUUGCGGAUGUGCACUCACGCAGCUUCGAGGACGCCAAAGAGGAAAUCGCUCAGAUUAGGGUGCUCUUGGAACAAAUGACCAUCAAAGAUGUUCAAGAAAGCAUCAAAGAACUUGGUAUCACGAUAAACGACAUCAAAGCUCUUGUUUCGAAUGAAAGCACCAGCGCGACAACCUCGAUCACCCUCUUAUCCGAAGUUCGCGACUCCCUCCAAGCAUAUAGUGCUUCAUUGACGCAGAUCACUGAGGCUCGCGCAGGUGACGGGGAAAAGCACUUGGGUCUUGUGGAACUUCUUGAUCGCAAUCAUUCCCAGGUGGUUGAAGUCCGGGGCUCCCUGGAGAGGAAUCAUUCUCAACUUGUUGGCAUUAUUGAGAAUAGCAAGGCCGCAUAUGCUUCUCAGCUCGAAGAGGUUCUCACCAACUUCAAAUCGUCUUGGGCAAGCAAUUCGGAUACCCUUCAACAAUCGAUUACGCUUCUGCAGACUUUGCAGACAAAUGUUGCUCAAUAUCAAGAACGGGACGCCACCAGUGCAGCAGAUGUCACAAAUCAGCUCGCUAGCCUCUCACAAAUCCUUUCCGACCUUCGCGUAAACGUUGAAUUCAACAGCACAAACUCGCAAACAGUGCUCGCCAACAUAUCCAAAUGGGAGAGCAGUCAAACCUCAUUCAAUGCGACUGUAGACCAACAGUACAGUCAGGUUCUAGAGGUUCUUAACACUGGUAUAACAUCACUGCGUGCGGGUAUCACCGAUGGUCCCUCACAACUUAAUGCUCUUCUUGUGGAGAUCCAAACACAUAUAAGUAGUCUCCAACAGUCUCUGGAAGUCCGCCAGCAGUCCUGGGAGCAGACCCUCAGGAGUGAGAUCUCAGUGCUCCGUCAAGAGAUUGCCCCUCUCAAUACGGCUGUCGGAAAGCUCGCAGACUCACAAAGUCACACCCGUGAGGUAGAGAAGGUCACUAUUCAUGAGCAAGGUCACGCAGACGCCUUGGGUAGCGAGAUCAACCGAAUGGAGAAAUUGCGAGUGUCAAUCGAGGGACUCGUCUCCGGUCAUCACUGCAACGGAUGCAACUGCAAGGGCUACGAUUCGACUAUGCCCUCACCUUACCGACAGAAGGGAACACUGUCAACAAUGGGAAGCGACGCCGCUGGUCUAUCGCCGCAACCGUACUCAGAGCAGACAUUUGACGUGCCGUCCCCAUCUGCUUUAAAGCGUGAUUUCUCUGAAGGGUCACCAUCAACCCCUGCAAAGCCUUAUUCGAUAGAUCUGGCGUCUCCAGAUGACCAUCAUGGUGUACGAUCAUCCUCCGGAGAUGGAGGCGGGGUAGAUAAAAUUGAAGAGUUGACGUUUCCACGCCCGAAGAGCCCCGGCAGUAGCGUCGGCGGAAGCCGUCGUGGCAGUAUCGGAAGUGCCCGCCAUACAAGUCACCAAUCUGUCACAAUUGAACACAGUCAUCACGAGCAUAGCCACCGAGAAGUCUCGAAUCCGUUCGAGCUCUUCUCCAGACGACGGAAGACGUCGCACGUCGAAGAGGGGCAGGAAUCGACGGAUCGCCCACGCGUCAAGUCAAGCACGAGUACUCCAGGACGCACUUCUAUUGGACACGGGAAGAGUCAACGAGUCAGCCUUUUGGGCUCAGCCUUACUGAGCACCGUGAGCGACAAUACCGUGCCGCAAGUCUCGAGAAGUCGAACGACUUCAGGUGGUCUUCAUCGACUAUCGUCCAUCUUUGGAAAGCACCAUCAUCAUCACCAUGACGAAGAAACCACAAAGGAUGCUUCUAAAGAAGCGUCGACAAGCGGAGAGGGUGGCAAGCUGCAAGAACCGACGGUCAAGAAGGGUGCGGAAAUUAUCGAAGAGCAGCCGGAGGACGCAAAGAAGGAAUAG